AUGGAUGCAAUUUCAUUGACGGAAGCUCUCGACCAAGUCGCGACCGGCCCCAAUGGCAAAGAUGUUUCCUUCACCUUGGUCUUCCGUCCGUACCAGCUCUAUCCAGACUUCCCACCAGAGCCGCAGGACAAGCGGCACUGGUACACGACAGCCAAGCAUGAUGCCUCCGACCAGAAGCAAGAAGUUUUUGAAGCGACAAUGGGGGCCCUCGGAUCCGCAGCCGGAAUUAAGUUCUCCUUUGGGGGCACCAUGUCCAACACGUUUCCAUCGCAUCGAAUCAUCCAGCACUUUCAGGAAUCCAAGGAUCAAAAGACAGCGAAUCGACUAGUCGACGCGUUAUACAGUCGCUACUUCGAACGCGAGCAGGAUCAAAACUCCAAAGAUGUGCUGGUUGACGCAUGCGUUGAGGCCGGUAUCUCGGAGGCGGAGGCGAAGUCGGUUGUGAAUGAUGAGAGUGAAGGGAAGAUGGAGACGAGAAAUAUGAUUCGAAUGGCCGCCAUGGAUGGUGUUGAUUCGGUACCGUAUGUCAUAUUCGAGGGCCGUCGGAGGGAUCUCACUCUCAUCGGGGCCAAGGAGAUUAAUGAGUAUGUCAAGGCUUUGCAGACAAUUAUCAAAGAGAGCAAGUAA